UGGCGUUCUGAAAUCAUUUUCCCCCACUAUUUCAAUCUCGGGUUGUUUUCCAUGUUUCACUGCCUCCCGCAGGUAUGCUGAUAUCCUACUGCCACACAUUCGACCUAUUCGCGCUGGGCAGAAGAUUUUACUUCUAUAUUGGUUGUUUUUCUUACGGCAUGGGCAUGGUGACCACGUUCCUGGCGCUGGAACUGAUGCACAACGCUCAGCCGGCGCUGCUCUACCUGGUGCCCUUCACUAUCAUUCCGACGGUGACCACGGCCUGGUACAAGGGUCACCUCUUCGCGAUCUGGAACGGAGUCAAGUUGGGCGAGAACGGUCGCAAAGACGAGGGCAACAGCGAUACGAAGAUACGGGCACCGCAAACCAAUCAAGGCGGACGCGAAGCCAAGGGCGGAAAUUCAGCUGCUAACUUCACUUCGGACAACGCUGAGGGUGCGGCCGACAUGGGCACCAAGGGGCGGCAGAGACAUAGACCGAAGAGCAAGAAUCCAGAGGAUCAAGGGGACGAACCGGGCUCCUCCAAGGACAGCAACCUGCCGCUUCACGAGGGCAGCUCGAUCAUUGGCGGCGACGGCCACGGAGCCGCCGAUGACGAGGAGAUCGCGGCGUCCCCACACGGGGUCGCGAGUCCGAACUUCGCUGUUGGCACGGGCGAAGCCGAGCGCGUGCGAGCCGGGAUGCAUGCGCCCUGCGUCGCCGUCUUCGCCUCCGACGAGUGCCCGGCCACAGACGUGGUGCCGGCUUCGCACAAACGCGUCCCGCUGCACCUGGGCUACUACAGCACGUGGGAGGAUCGCCUCUCUCGCUUCGUGCUCAGCAACCAGAGGAAGAACGGGCUGCGUCGAGACGCCGCGAACGCGCACGCAACCAGCCCGUCAACCGCGUAGACCAGCACAGAGGGCUUUCCACACGGGUGGUUUAGUAGUGUACGACAAAUUCGAAAAAAAAAAAGCUAUCUGUUCAUCGUGACCAGUUUACGUAUCAGCAGAGAAAGAGAAUGCCUUAGAAAAAUUAUUGCACGCCGAAACGGCUCAAACACGCGUGAAGUACUCCGAAAUCUAUGACGUAACAAUGGCGUAUAGAUGACUCAGUUUGCACGCGAAAUUCAAAAUGGAAACGAAAUACAACCAGCAGGGAAUCCGAGUAAGAGAGGAGUAGCGUACCGCUUUCAUUGAGCAUACUUACGCUGCAUUCUGAGUGGUAUUGACAGUGCACUGGAAUUCUCUUCGGUCGUUUCUUUUUUUUUUCUGUGUGUGUGUGUGUCUGACAAAUGAUUCGAUGACCUAGAAUACAAAACAUUUAAGAAACGUUGGGAGGUAGCUGCACUCAGAGUCGCCAUUUAGCAGUUACAGAAAGGCAUCGUGCUAUUGAUGCCUCAUUUUGGAUUACUUGUUUUGCGUAUUGGACGGCUUCCUAAAUAUGUAUUGUAUUUAAGUGUAUGUUUGAGUUCUGUACUCACUGAAUUAACUAUAAGCCGGUAUUUUGAUCUUAUA